GUUUUUUUUACAUGUGUGCUAAUCUCUUAUGGAUUUUGAUAGGAAUUUUAAUAAAUGCAGGUUUUAUGUUGGAGUAGAAAUGUAUAAAAGGUCACAUUGAGAUGAUAUAGCCAUCAGUUGCUCGCCAAGUAGACAACGAAUCAAAUCCAAAAAUGAAAUCGAUCAUCUUUGUUGCCGUUGCCCUCCUGGCUGUUGCCGCAGCUGCUCCCGUCGAGAAGGAGCCAUCAAAGAUCAUCAGCUACGUCUUUGAGAAACAACCCGAAGGUUCCUACGUUUUCAAGUAUGAAACUGAGGACGGUACCAAGCGUGAGGAGACCGGUGUUGUGAGGGAAGCUUUGGAUGCUGAGAACAACUUGCAAAGGGUCAUUGUUGUCAGUGGAAGCUACACCUUCCGUAACGACGAAGGCGAGCUUGACACCAUCAACUACUUCGCUGACGAGUCCGGUUACCACGCUGACGGAAAGUCCAUCCCCAAGGUCCCCGUUGCCAGGAGAUAAGCUGCUACUGACUUCCCCGCCUAUGAACGAACGACUGAUUACAAGCAAUAUUAAAUAGCAUUUACUUAAAAUGAUUGCCUAAGGAUUUUGUAUCAUAAGACUUUUUCAAAUGAGUUUUAUUGAUUAAUGUCAUUAGACUUAAUAAAUAUAGCUUUCAAAAAUUAAAA